CAGUCAAUAUCACAUAUAAGUAAUACUUUUCCGCUAGUUUUACUUAGUUUAUUAUUGGUGAUCACUAUAUUUCUUAAUAAUGAUAAAACUACUACCCGGUCAUUUUUCAAGAUGGCUUCGGGGCGCGAGCGCACGAGGGAUCUUCCCGUAAAAUAUGUACAAAUUGAUGGUUUAGUUGCUUUGAAGAUCAUUAAGCACUGCCAAGAGGAGGGUGCUGGCGGUACUGACCUUGUCCAGGGAGUCCUACUUGGUCUUGUAGUGGACACCAGGCUUGAGAUCACAAACUGUUUUCCUUUUCCUAGACACACAGAGGAUGAAGACUUUGAUGAAGUCCAGUACCAAAUGGAGAUGAUGCGUAAUCUCCGCCAUGUCAACAUAGACCAUCUUCAUGUGGGCUGGUACCAGAGCACAUACUUUGGAUCUUUCCUUAACAAGGCACUGCUAGAUUCACAGUUCAACUACCAGCAUUCUAUAGAAGAGUCUGUGGUUCUGAUAUAUGAUCCUCUACGAACAUCUCAGGGUUAUCUUACUUUAAAAGCAUACCGCCUCACACCAGCAAUGAUGGACAUGUACAAGGAAGGAGACUUUUCACCAGAGGCAAUUAAAGAAAUGGGAAUAAGUUUUGAGAACAUGUUUGAAGAAAUUCCUGUUGUGAUGAAGAAUUCCCACCUGGUGAAUGCCUUACUGUGUGAGAUCCAGGAAAUAGCCCCAGAAGCCGAGCACUAUCAGAGUCUAGACCUGGCCACAGCGUCUGUAUUAGAAAAGAAUGUUCGUCAGUUGAUGGAAAACGUUGAUGAGUUGGUUCAAGACACAAAUAAAUAUAUAAAUUAUCAGAGACAGUCCGCAAAACAACAACAAGCAAAACAGCAGUAUCUCCAGAAGAGGCGUAUGGAGAAUGAAGCUCGGGCAGCCAAGGGUCAGCCACCUUUACCUGAAGAAGACAUAAAUAAAGUGUUUAAACCAUUGAAUCCGCCGCCACGUCUAGAUAACCUGCUGACCUGUGGUCAGGUGAACACUUAUUGCCAACAGAUGGAGCAGUUUGUGUCUCAGAGCUUUGGAAAACUCUUCAUGGCAGAGUCUUUACAGAAAGAUAGUAAACCAUGAAAUUUAUGAAAACUGUACUUUAAAUUCACAAGAGGCAUCCAGUCAAACAUGCCAUGUUGACCAGAGAUAAAGUAACUUUUAAACAGAAAAGAAAUCAACUUGUUAUAUCUGGUCAGGAAAUAAAUAAACAACAUGGUUUAGUUGGUAUUCAAGACGAGGCUUCAUCCACUGAUUUUGGGUUGUGUGAAACGGUCUUCCAGUCACUAAAUGUAUGGUAUACAAAUAUUAAUGUAUGAAACUGGUAAAAAAACAAACAGAAUUCGAAAGUAUUUUGAAGGAGCCAUAUACAGUGAUCUUGGUACGAAAAUACCAAUAAUUUCCUUUGAGCCUUCAAUAUUUUUCUAGUGCUAACAAACCAUCACUGUGUUGAAUUCAAAAGUGAAAAACGCCAUGUUAUUGAGUUUUUUAGACCUCGUUUAUCGAAAUUGGCUUAUGUUUAAUGAAGUCGCAUAAUGCAUUCCUUGCAUUUUCGUAAAUCAUAAAGUAAUAAUCUAAUUACUUGACAAAAACGUGCUCUUAGACUUAAUAUCGGACUAUUUAAAAAGAAAGUACAACUAUAAUUUUGCUGAUCACACAUUCUGUCCCUUUGAUAUUUUUUUCAUUCGCAGUAGAAGUUCCCGAAAAAAUGUAAAAAUAACUUCACCCCCUAUGAAGUGGCGUGUGUGAUUUUCUCUUUAUUAAUACGUCAUAGAGAUGAAAACAUCUAGAAGUCCUUAAGUCAUUGACAGUUCCAAGAUAUUGUCUUUAAUCAAAAUAAACAGGAUCGAUAACAUCAGAUGAGUCACAAAGCCGUGAGCAAUUUCUGAGAUUUAUGACUAAUAUUGCGAAAGAAAUCGAUAUCUUCAAGAGUGUUGUGCUUCACUGAGAACUCAUUCAAUCCUUUAUGACAAUUUUACAGAAUCAUUGUGUGAAAUAAUUCUAACCUUAAAAUCUGGAAACUAUACACAAAGCUGGUGUUCUAUAAACUGCAGUGCCGUAGUGGUUUGUUAGUUUUAAUAAAAGAGUAUUGUUUAAAAAUACAAUGCGAAUAGGCAAUGCACUU